GUCAAAUCAAUGGAGAUGUCAGUUCAAAUCAUUCGUUAGAACUAAUACCCGAUGAACAUCAUGUAAAAAGAUGUGUGUGUGAUUUCAGAAUAAAUUAUAGCGGAUGUGAAGAAGAAGGUUUAUUAAGAACUUUACAUUGGUCAUUAGUACCAUAUUGUACAUUAAUUAUCAUGAUUUCAAUUGGAUUCUUAUAUUAUAGAAAUUAUGUACUAAAACAAUCAUUUUGGUUACCUUCAACAAGAGCAAGGGGAUUUUUGAGACCAAAACCCCAAGAAGUAUUUCACUUGAGUUCCAUCGUAUAUAACUUAUUCCACGUGAUACAUAUCAUCAUGGUCCUUAGUGACGCGUAUCCCAAUUAUUCUGCGGCUGAAGUUGGAGAAGACUUGGCCCGAGAAUUGGCUCUCGGGAUCGUAUUAAUUUAUCCCAUAAGCAUAACUUAUUCAACGCCAACUCACGAUUUGAAAACGAAUAGUACAAAUAAUACCAUUAAUCCUAGCAGUUUUCCACAAAAUAAACUUAUAGUUGACAUAAUAGGACUCAUAUUCUUGAUAGCACCCUUCUCAACGUUAUUUCCGAUAGCAUGGAUAUCGGGACAUUACGCGGAUCACCAAGAUUAUGCCAAAGCCAAUUUAUUUAGUAAGAUCCACACCGUUAUGUGGACGGUGUGGGGGUUGAUAUUCCUUUCAAGCUUGAUCUAUUUUUGGUAUAAAUUAAUCACGGUCAUAUGGAACCAUAUUAAAGAUUUAAAACGUAAGGAGGUUAGUGGUACUUCUGAUAUGCAAUGGACCGUUUCUACCUUAAAACGCGCCGCGAGAAAUUUGUGUUUGACGGUUUUUUCUCUCAUGAUUAUCUUUUUUGUGUUUUUGAUCUUGUCAAUUACAUAUGGAAUGUCUCAUAAAACAAAAACUUUGUUCAAUUAUAAUAUGAAUGUCAUGUAUGUGAUCAUGUGGGAUUUUACCAUUCCAAUAUUUUUCAGCUUGACGCAAGGUUUUUUCCUAUACAAAUUGGUAAGACCAGCAAAACAAUAUCCACCAAAUUCAUCCAUAGCAAGUAAAAUUACAUCGACGACAACUAAAAGGGAUAUCGUCAAUAACAAUAACAAUAAUUCACAAAGAAAAAAGGAUCAAGAAUCCUUAUAUGAUGAAGAAUCUUCGACGGGUGGUGGUUAUGGAUUAAAUGGAUUGGAUGCGGCGGCGAUAAACUCGAUAACAAAUAGCAUUUUAAGUAACAAUAACACAGAAUUGAACCGCGAUGAGACUUAUCGAAGGUUAAAUUCAAGUAGAUCUUUAUCAAGAUUUUGUUUACAGAAUGUUUCCAGCUCAAUUAAAGACGAUGAUAAUUUAGAUAAUUUAUUAUACCCCUCGUCCUUGACUCCGAAAAAUAGUUUUUAUCGUAAAGGUUCCGCCCAAAGACCUUCACUUGUAUUUUCACAAGACGAACAAAUCAGCGAUGAAUUUGAUUCAACCUAUAAUGUUAGUAAUGGUAAACGUAUUAGUACUGAAAGCGGGAGAAUAAGGAGAGUCAGCAUAAGUAGUGUUACAAACAAUAACUUGGGUGUUGGUACCAACGGAACUACUUCUACUAUCACCAAUAAUCCAAAUAAUGGUUUAAGCAUAAGGAGUAUUUCAAGUCAUAUUAAGCAUCAAAAGUCAUUUGAAAGUUCCAUGGAUUUGAUCACUGAGGAAGAUCGUGGUUCUUGUCAACAGACGACCACUACUACUAAAAGGAAUCGCAGUAGUAUCAGUGUGAGUAGAGAAGCAUCUGAUGUCAAUUCCAAUACCGUGAUAACAGCUUCAACAACUUUUUCUACGAGUACCACUAUAUCAACGACCACUACCACCACCUUAAUAACCCCCGAUGCUGCUGCUGCCGCUAAAGCUUCUUGGGAUAAUCCUGAUAGUUUAGAUGAUAGGCUUGAUGAAGAUGAAAGGAAAAGGAUAUCGGAGUCAUUGGAAAAGCGUGAAUGGUUAUCUAAACGUCCUAUAUCCACCAUUGCUAGAAGAAAAACUUUACUUAGAUCAUCUACUUGA